ACACUCAUCACGCUUCCCUCUCUGGACCUGGGAUACACACCCGGCUGCGCUUCCCAUCUUGUUAGAUGCUAUUCUUGGUCUUGGACUCGCUCAUUGCACUCGCGUUUCAUGGCUACUGCUGCCUUCUUGUCCCAACAUUCCUCCAACCCGCUCGAGGUUCCGUCGUCUGAUGCUCGCAACAAGCUUUACAGGCGUCGACUCAUGCGCUCAAAGAAGUUGCAGAAAGACGACGGAGUCCUUCUGUCAUCAUCGGACGGCCCUUUGAACGGAUGCAACGUUCCAGAUUUAGACCAAUACCACUCGCACCUCGCGCAAUUGUACCCGAACACAAGGGGGCCCUCCGCCACAAACAGGUCUCAGGCUGCUCCCAUUCAGCAGGCUUUCAGCGAAGGCAUGUAUAGCGAUGACGAGCUGAUUGUACUUCCGGCGGAUCCACUAGACGUCGAUCCCGAAGAGGAUGAGGAGGUGGAGCAUGAGGAGCAUGAAGAGAUCGAGCUGGAGGAGGAAAGUGGAGACGUGCUCGCAGACGAGGAUGCAGAGGGAGAGCUCGACGAAGACCUGCUUGAGGACCAGGGCGGUCAUGCAGAGACAGACGAAGAGCUGACCAUCUAUCUCAAGCCACGCGAGGAACGCGAGGAAAUCGAGGAGGAGAUUGCCGACCUCGAAGCCACUGUCCCGCAACUCACCCCAGACUACAAGAUUCUAGACAGACUGGGAACGGGCACGUUCUCCUCCGUCUACAAAGCCAUUGACCUCGGAUAUCAUGACAGGUGGGACAACGCACCAUGGCAGCGCUGCCAUCCACCCUCAUCGUCUGAAUCCUACCAAACGGCUCCCCGGCCUUGGGGAAGCAAAGUCUUCGUCGCCGUGAAACGCAUAUAUGUCACUAGCGGACCCGAAAGGAUACGCAACGAGAUCUCUAUCAUGGAGGACUGUAGAGGGUGCCGCCAUGUCUCGCAGCUGAUCACUGCUUUCCGGCAGCAUGACCAGGUCGUCGCUAUUAUGCCCUACCACCGGAACAUCGACUUCAGAGAAUACUAUCGCAUUCUGCCCAUGGAGGGUAUCAAGGCGUAUUUUCGAUGUAUGUUCCGAGCAUUGCGCGACGUUCACGCGCGAGGGAUCAUCCACCGUGACGUGAAACCGGCCAAUUUCCUUUUCGAUCCCCGUACCGGUAUCGGCACCCUGUGCGACUUCGGACUAGCUUGUCGGGUGGAAAACGGGCCCACGCUAGGUGCCUGUCUCCAUACGCGUCCGACGCCUGACUUCCCGCAUGGACGGAUACGGCCCCGCGGGGAGUUUGACGUAGAUCACGUCAAGCGCAUGCAGAAGGAGGGACGGCUAAAGAGUUCCUUGCCCUCAGAACGCGUUGGGUACCCGGAGAAGGAUACGAGACCUGUCUCUAAAGCAAACAGAGCCGGUACUAGAGGCUUCCGUGCACCGGAAGUCCUCUUCAAAUGCGGCGUGCAGACGGGAGCCAUCGAUGUCUGGUCAGCGGGGAUGAUCCUGCUCUUCUUCCUCACGAGGAAGUUCCCAUUGCUCCACUCUAGCGAUGACAUAGAGGCCCUCAUGGAAGUCGCCACCAUCAUCGGGAAGAAGAGGAUGGAGAAGACAGCCACUCUGCACAGCCGCGUAUUCCAAACGAACGUACCUUCGAUAUCGCCUGAAGGGAUGACCUGGCGUGAAUUCGUCGAGCAGCAAAAUCCUAACCUCCGGACGCCACCAGAGCCGGAUCCUCGCUUCUAUCCCCACGCCAGUUCUUCGCGGAGCCAAGCAGGUCCACCGCCCUCAUCCUCGUCCCCACCGCGGUACUCACCAUCGCGGUCGUCUUCUCCUGCUCCACCGCCAGCGAUAGAUGCAGAAGCAUACGCGGCGGACGUCGAGAAGGCGCUCGACUUCGUCGAACGGGUAAUGCACCCCGAAUCAACGCAACGCAUGAACCCGAGACAGGCGCUCGCACAUCCUUUCUUGCACGACCCAGAUGAACCCGACGACGACGAAUUCUUUCCACAUCCGUUCGGGGAAGGCGUCUGCGGCGAGCUGCAUUUCUUCGAUGAGGAGACAGACGAACUCUGCGUCCGCGUUCGGGUUCCCGGGGAGAAUCACUUCGUAGCGAGGAGCGUACUCGCUGGCGAAGGUACUGCGAUAGGCAAUCAGCCGUGCGAGUUUCAUAGAGAGGAGGAUGGGUAUGUGUUUCUAAGUUAAUGAUGCGGAUGCAUACAGGACAUGGGAUCGGAUAAGUGAUGGGACCAUUCAAGCAAACCGUAAUGCAUUGUCAUGUAUCUACCACAGAUUUUGUAUUCCUUCAACACUCAAGUAGUCAC